AUGGGAGCACCGGUAAAGAAACCAGAUCCUUUUCAUUCUUUUAUUGCCGGUGGUGUUGCCGGCGCAAUUGAAGGUGUAGUCACCUACCCAUUUGAGUUUGCGAAAACUCGUUUACAACUAGUGGACAAGUCAAGUAAGAUGUCAAGAAAUCCUUUGGUGCUUAUCUAUACUGUUGCGAAAACACAAGGAGUAAGUGCAUUAUAUGUUGGCUGUCCUGCAUUUGUCGUUGGGAAUACAGCCAAGGCUUCUGUACGAUUCCUUGGAUUUGAUGCCAUUAAAAGAGUCCUAGCUGAUAAGGAUGGUAAGCUAUCUGGACCAAGGGGUGUUAUUGCAGGUCUCGGUGCUGGUUUAUUAGAAAGUGUUUUGGCUGUCACUCCAGCGGAAGCAAUCAAGACAGCAAAAAUAGAUGACAAACAGAGUUUGAAACCAAAAUACCAAGAUGGCGUACGUGGUACGUUUCGUUUAAUCAAGGAUCUUGGGGUUAAAGGCUUGUAUUCUGGUUUGCUACCAGUGGCUAUGAGGCAAGGUGCAAACUCUGCAGUUCGUUUAGGAUCAUAUUCAAAAAUUAAAGGUGUUUUGCAGGACUGGAGCAAUACUCCAAGAGAUAAGCCAUUAAGCUCGGGUAUGACUUUCCUAUUGGGUGCAUUUGCUGGUAUUGUGACUGUAUACACAACCAUGCCAAUUGAUACAGUCAAGACAAGAAUGCAAUCCUUAGAUGCCACUAAACAAUAUUCAAGUACUUUGAAUUGUUUCGUUAAGAUCUUCAGGAAUGAAGGACUAAUGACAUUUUGGAAAGGAGCAACACCAAGGUUGGGAAGGUUGAUUUUGAGUGGUGGUAUAGUUUUCACAAUUUAUGAAAAAAUGCUGGUUGUUCUUGCCUAA